AUGGGCUCACCCACAUUCAGACCGGCCUUUCUUGAGCCCUCGCGUGCCGUUGACAUAUCGGUUUUUGAUAGUGAUGACAAUGGACAAGGCACACUUGUUGAGUCUAAUUUCGAAGAUAAUGAGAAGUUCACACAGCACAUACAAACCAGUCCAUGCCCGAAACUGCGGAUAGUAUCACUGUACUGCCAGACGUCAAUAAGACCACUCAAAAUUUCCAAAUGCGCAUUCGAAGCACUGACGAUCAAAUACAAUAUCGGUCCAGAAAUAUGGGAUUUGGCUUGCAAAUUCGGCGGCAAGCCUCUCAGCGCAAGUAUAGGCGAGGGAGGAAUAAUGGUGCAAACAGGUGAUAACGGUAUCAAAGACAUCAAUUACAAUAUCACUUUUCCGGUGGAAACUUCGACUGACUCCUGGACUAUGCGGCAAACUGGGGUUUUCCAUCGCCACAAUCCCAAGGAACAACAGAAUCUCUGGGUUUUCUUCCAUGUCGGAAAGGAGACACCAGCGGAGAACCACAUCAGGAACUAUGUCUUCCUGACUUCUCAACCAACUGUGCAAUCUACUUGGGCUGCGAUGCAUUCCGCCGCCCUCUUUAGUUACCUCCCAUCCUGGCGCUCCUAUAUACACUAUCUGGGGUCCAAAGUGGAGAAACUGGUGGAUCAUUCUUUGACCAUGAACAUGUCACAGACGGAAGAUUCGAGUUGGACGAGCGACAGAGACGGAAAGCUCAGAGAGCUUCACCAAUACAGCGAUAUUAUCUGUCCCAUUCAGUUCCGACUCAAAGUGGCCAUCAGUACUUUACAAAGGCUACCUUCGUUGAGCAAGACACUUGGUUCGACCUCAGAUAAGACUGAUCUCAAUCUUUCACAAUUCGUGAGAGAAGUGCAAUACCAUAAAACACGGGCCGAGGGCCUUAUCGCCGGAACUGAGGUUAUCUCGUACAAAGUCCAGGAAGUUCUGAGAAGAUUCCAAGUUUCUCUGAAUCUGCGUCUGAAUAGCAAGAUGGUUGAUGUCAACAAUCGCCUGCUUACCGUCAAUAACAAACUACUUCAACUAGGAAAUGAAAACUUCGAUGACAAUGCCACGGUGAAAGUAGUCACAUUGGUGACCUUGGUCUAUUUACCCGCGAGUCUUGUCUCGACGAUCCUUGGAAUGAACUUGUUCAAGUUUGACGACGGUACUACCGAUGAAUUCAUCGUCUCCAAGUAUUUUUGGGUCUUUAUCGUUGCCACAGUCCUCCUAACAGUUCUCACUCUUGGCCUCUGGUACGCAUGGAGCAAUAAAGAACGGCUUAGGAGGAAAACUUCGAAUAUCUUGGAUUCGAGUACCAAAGCUUGA